AUGUCAUGGCACACCAGCGGAGAUUGGCAGACCAAAAAGGCGUGGAGCGAAAAGUUCUCGACCACGGCAGGAUUCGAACCUGCAAUCUUCUGCUCCGUAGGCAGACGCGUUAUCCAUUGCGCCACGCGGCCUGCUGUGGAUGGAUAUCGUGGCACUCCAACGGUGAUUAGCAGACGAAAAGGCGAGGAGCGAAAAGUUCUCGACCACGGCAGGAUUCGAACCUGCAAUCUUCUGCUCCGUAGGCAGACGCGUUAUCCAUUGCGCCACGCGGCCUACUGUGGAUGGACAUCAUGGCACACCAGCGGAGAUUGGCAGACGAAAAGGCGAGGAGCGAAAAGUUCUCGACCACGGCAGGAUUCGAACCUGCAAUCUUCUGCUCCGUAG